AUGAAGUUCUCUUCGUUCUUCCUUUUUACCUCGGCUCUCUCCGCCUACGCGGCCCCGACCGGCUUUGCCCCCGGCGAUUCCAAUUCUCUGGCGGCCCGCCACCCUGACUCCCCCGGCGUCAUCGCUUCUCCUUCACCCACCAUCCGGGCCGGCGCUCGCCGCUCCGUUCCCCUCCGUCGCGAUCCCAGGGCCGUGGUCUUUGAUGAUGGUAGCAAUCUCGAGCCGAGUGUAAUCGGCAAGAGAAAACAUCGUAGCGGUGCCGCUGGCAGCGCUGCUAGUACUACUGCUAGUACUACUGCUAGUAGUAGUGGAAAUACCGCUAGCAGUGGUGCUACAGCUGGUGGUGCUACGGCCGGUGGUGCUACUAAGGGAGGUGCUACUAAGGGAGGUGCUGAUAAGGGAGGUGCUGAUAAGGGAGGUGCUGAUAAGGGAGGUGCUUCUAAGGGUGGUGCCGCUGCGGGUGGUGGUGCUACUGCUGCUGGCGGUGGAGGUGCUGCUGCUGGUGGAGGUGCCGCUGCGGGUGGUGGUGCUACUGCUGGCGGUGCUACUGCAGGUGGAGGUGCUGCUACUAAGGGUGGUGCUUCGAAGGGAGGUGAUUCCAAAGGUGGUGCUUCUAAGGGUGGCGCCGCUGCUGGUGGAGGUGGUGCCGCAGCUGGUGGUGCUACUGCUGGCGCAGGUGCUGCUUCCAAGGGUGGUGCUUCUACGGGUGGUGCCGCUGCUGGUGGAGGUGGUGCUAAGGGAGGUGCUUCAAAGGGAGGUGCCGCCGCCGGCGCCGCUUCCGGUAAGGGAGGUGCCUCUGGUGGUUCCGCUGCUGGUGGAGGUGCUGCAGCUGGUGGUGCUACUGCUGGUGGAGGUGCUGCUACUAAGGGUGGUGCUACUAAGGGUGGUGCUACUAAGGGUGGUGCUUCCAAGGGUGGUGCUACUGCUGGUGGAGGUGCUGCAGCUGGUGGUGCUACUGCUGGUGGAGGUGCUGCUACUAAGGGUGGUGCUACUAAGGGUGGUGCUUCCAAGGGUGGUGCCGCUGCUGGUGGAGGUGCUGCAGCUGGUGGUGCUACUGCUGGUGGAGGUGCUGCUACUAAUGGUGGUGCUUCCAAGGGUGGUGCCGCUGCUGGUGGAGGUGCUGCAGCUGGCGGUGCCGCUGCUGGUGGAGGUGGCGGUGAUAGUUCUUCUAAGGGUGGUGCUUCGAAGGGAGGUGCCGCAGCUGGCGGUGGUGCCUCUGGUUCCGCUGGUGCUCCCUAA